AUGGGAAACACGAUCGGUAGAGAUAAAGGAGAAGAAACUGUGGACGGAGGACAAUUAGUCCCGAAUGGUGUAUACAAGGGGCCUCAAGAUUGGGACUAUAGGAGUGUCCGCAAAUUCAUUAUAGAACGCAAACUGGCUCCUUUUUAUAAAGGACUAUCAGACUAUGACGAAAGUUGGGACGAGGUUACGCUAACAACACAUAAUCUUCCAAAAGCUAUCGAGGGUGAAAAAACUGCCACACUUAGUGUGGAAU